CUCAGUUUGUAUGAAAAACGCGCCGGACUCGGACACGUACGUUAAUUAGCGCGGAUCAUUUAUAAAUUCUAGGCGGGUGCGCUUGCCUGAAAAAGUUUGAAACAACAGAACUGAAGUGUCAGCUCAGCUUUGCUUGUGUACACUGUACAGUGUGUAUUGGCUAACAUGACCAAGACUAACAAAGCAAAGGACAAGGACAAGAGCAGUGCAAUGCCGCGUGUGCCCAGCAAUUUGUUGGCGAGUGCUGCCAAAAUGAAGAUCACCAAAGCGUUGGUCAAUGCCAAAAAGCAAGCAGUGCAAAAAGGAGCGAACGGCGAUAAGGCAACAGGAUCAAAUGUAGCAGCAACAGCCGCAGCCGCAGCAGCAGCAACAGCAACAGCCACAACCGCAGCCAUAGCCACAGCAUACGGUCAAGCGCAACAGGCGUUCGCUGUGAAAGAGACGACAAUAGCGGCGCAGGAGAACGGCGACAGCGACAGCAACGACGCGCAUAAGCAGCAGCAACAACAACAAGCAGCGACGUCGGCGUCGCCGUUGUCGCCGCUUGCCACAGCGAAUUUAUCGUCGACAUUUGAGUCGAAGGCUCACACAUCAGUUGCCAGCGAAACAGCGAAGCAAGCGGUUACCAGCGCAGCAACACCAACGGAAGCAGAAACAACGGCACCAGCAGCAACAACAACAACAACAACAACAACAACAACAACAUCAUCAACAAACAUCGCAAAUACCUAUGUUUAUGCUGAGAACAGCUUAAGGCAGCAGCCCAACAGUUGUGACGUCACUGGCAAAGUUGUGGCAGACGAAGCGGCUAAUAACAAUCAAGAUAAAGUCGAGCCCAGAACCGAGAGCAAAGCGAAUAUAGAGACAGCAGCAACAGCAGCAACAACAAUAACAGCAAGCGAUAAAUAUUACAAAAUAGUUGAUAAGUGUAAAAGUGAGAUAAGUGAUGAAAACACAACAACAACAACAUCAACAACAGCAACAAUUUUGCCGGUAGUAGUGAUAAAUAAUAAUCAGCUAAGCGUCGCGAGUGAAAGUGUUGACAACAAAAUCAAAAGUGAAACAAACGAGCAAGAACAAACAGCAGCAGCAACGGCAACGGCAACGGCUACGGCACCAGCAACAGCAACAGCAACAACAACAACCGCAACAUCCGAAUUGCCGCUACAUUAUCGUGGCCUAAACAACUCGGUGAUUAUAGCCAACUAUGCGCAUCAGCAUCAGCAGCAGCAGCAGCAGCAGCAUCAGCAGCAACAGGCAGAGCAAGAACAAAUCUACGAGCAGCAGCACUUUUUACAGCAGCAGCUUUUAAAUCAACAGCAACAGGAGCAACAGCAACAACAGCAGCAGCAGCAGCAGCAGCAGCAACAACACGCCAGCUGGUUGGCCUACAACAAUUGCGCCUACGACUUAACCAGCAACAGCGCAGCAGCAGCAGCAGCAGCAGCAGCAGCGGCAGCAGCAACACAGCAGGAGAAGAGUGAAUUCUAUGCAUUGGCUGCCUCGCAGCAAUUGUUGGCGCAUUUUCCCUAUCACCACACGCAUUUGUACGAACAGCAGCAGCAGCAGCAGCAGCACAGCGCCAGCAGCACGGAUCCCAUAAUGCGCAAUAACUUUACGCUGUACAGCGUCUAUGGUGGAGGCGGGGGCGGCGGUGGCAGCGGCGGUGUCACGCCCACCACACACGAGCAACAUCAGCUGCAGCAACAUGUUGCCGCUGUGGCAGCAGCAGCCGCCAAUUCGGUAAUUGUCCACACAACACACACAACGCCCAACAUUGACGAGGUCAUACAGGAUACGCUGAAGGAUGAGUGCUUCGACGAUAAUCACAGCUCCAGCUAUCACAUGCUGACCGCCGUCUCUGAUCUGCAGGUGCUUAAGGAGGCCAAUGCAGCCAUUUACUCCAUGACGCACGAUCAGUUGUUGCAGCAGCAACAUCAGCAGCAGCAGCAGCAGCAGCAGCAGCAGCAGCAGCAUCUGCAUCAACAUCAGCAUCAGCAUCAACACCAUCAUCAUCAUCAUCUGACGCAGCAGCUGCAGCAUCAUCAUGCCCAUGCGCAGCAGCAUCACAACAACUCGGCCAGUUCGGUGGGUGGCGACUCGCCCUCGCCCUCCCACACGCUCGCCGCACAUGCCAGCGAUGUGGCAACGCUGCAAAGCUUUACACAGCUAACAAGCGCGCCGCCCAGCAGCGGGCUGCAUCGCGACAGCUACGGCAGCCUCUCGCCGGAUCACGGCAGCUAUUUCAGUUCACCGCUCAGUCCGGUGCUGCAGACCAGCUCUGUCUAUGCAAGUCCUUUGCUCGCAUCGGCCGCCAAUGGCAUGCAGUAUGGUAUGCAAGCAAUUGCCUCGCCCACCCACACACACGCCCAGCUGCAGCAGCAACAUCACCAAAACCAGCAGCAGCAACAUCAGCAACAGCAGCAACAGCAGCAGCAGCAGCAACAACAUCAUCAGCAUCACAAUUCCACCAGCAGCAGUCCUGGCCCAGUGGGUCUGCACCACACGAGCGGCUCGGCGGUUGGGCACAGCUCGCUGCUGGACGACGGCUACGGAUCGCCCAAAAGCAGCCACAGCGGCAACGGCGGAGGUGGCACCUUGCCCGCCUUUCAGCGCAUUGCACCGGCCAGCGGCGGUGCCGGCUAUGGCAACGGCGUGGCCAAUGGCUCUGGCAGCGGCGCUGAACGGGCUUCUGGCUACGCAUCGCUGGCCAAUUACCGCACACACGCCGAUGGUUGGAGUGGUCAUUACGAACCAAUUAGCUACGCGCCCAAUGCCACCGGCCAGGGCGGGCAAUUGGGUGGCAGCGGUGCAGCGGCUACCAAUGUGAUAUGCAAUCGACGCGCCGUCGCUGCCGCAGCUGCGGCCGCAGCCGCUGUCGACGGUGCCGCCAACGCCGUUGAUCCUGCCCGCUUCCUGGCCAACGCCGCUCAUCUGUCUGCUUCGGCAUCGCUAACAGCAAUGGCCGCUGAAUCAGGCGGGGAUUUCUAUAAGACCUUCCCAUUUAACGUGACCACCGGUAGCCGCAGUAAGGGCUCCACAAAUGCCAACAGCGCUGCCGGUUCCGGCGCAGGCUCAACGUCAGCGACGACGUCGUCAGUGACUUCAACGGCGCUCGACGAGCACGUUAGUCGCGCCAAUUCGAGACGCUUGAGCGCCUCCAGACGUGCUGGCAUGUCCUGCUCCAACUGCCAGACGAGCUACACAUCACUGUGGCGCCGCAAUCCAGGUGGCGAGCCCGUCUGCAAUGCCUGCGGCCUCUACUACAAGCUGCACAAUGUGGUACGUCCGCUGACCAUGAAGAAGGACACCAUACAGAAACGCAAACGCAAACCGAAGGGCACCAAGAGCGAAAAGUCCAAGAAGAUGAGAACCACGCAGGCGGCUGGAUUGGUGGCCAACAACAAUGCCAAUGCCAAUGCCUGCCACAAUGUGGGCAUGCAGCUGGAGGGGCAUGGCCAGCAAAUGGAUGUCAAUGAUGAAAUGAAACCACUUGCAUAUAUGUCAUACGCAUCGCAGCAACAGCUACAGCAGCAACAACUAAACACUGAGCAACAUUCAUCAGCGGCCAGCUCGCCGCAAAGCAUGGCAUCCUCCUCAUUAUCACCCAAUGCAAUAUCUCAACAGCAGCAACAGCAACAGCAGCAACAGCAGCAACAGCAGCAGCAGCAGCUAUGCGCUGGCCUGGACAUGUCGCCCACAUCCUCCUAUCAAAUGUCGCCCAUUAACAUGCAACAGCAGCAACAGCAGCAGCAGCAAUCAUGCAGCAUGCAACAUUCACCUAGCACGCCCACAUCAGCCAUGUCACAGUCCAUUUAUUCCACGCCAUCGCCUACGCAGCUUCAUAGCAACAACAACAAUAGCAGCAACAACAACAACAACAACAACACAUUGUUCAAUCAUAACAACAACAACAACAACAAUAACAAUGAGAAUAACAAACAAAUUAUACAGAAAUAUCUGCAAGCUCAACAAUUGAGCAACAACAGCAGCAACAGCGAUCAGCAAUUAUUGGCACAGCAGCAACUUAUGCACCUGAUGCCGAACUCCAUUACGGCAGCAACAGCAGCAGCUGCAGCAGCGGCAGCGGCGGCGGCUGCGGCGGCGGCAAUCAGCACAGCGAUCAAAUCGGAGGCGGUCACCAACACGACCAACACCAGCAACAGCAACAGCAGCAGCAACAGCAUCAGCAGCAAGCAAUUAGCUGCCACAACAACAGCAACAACACCGACCGCGGCAUCGAACACACUAUCCUCUCUGAGUCACAACAGCAGCAACAUUAUCAGCCUGCAAAGUGCCUAUCAACAGCAGGCGCUUGGUCAGACGGAGAUGCCCUUGUGUAAAUCGGCACUGAGCGGACGCAGCUCAUCGCCCUAUUAUAUAAAUCAUCUGGCCGAGGAGGAGCAGACGGCCAUUAUUAAACUGGAGCAGUUGGAUCACCAGCAGCAACAGCAGCAACAGCAACACCAACAGCAACAUCAACAGCAGCAGCAGCAGCAGCAUCAGCAACACGAUGAAAUGUUGCUCAGUCGCACAACUUCCAUCGAUGAGCACUACGAACUGGCCGCCUAUCAUCGACACCAGCAACAGCAGCAGCAGCAGCAGCUACAGCAACACACACUGCAGCAACAUGUUGCACUCAGUCAGCACGAACAGCAGAUUGCCAGCUAUGCGCUACACGCAGCCGCACAGCAGCAACUGCACGAAUUUGGACGCAAAUAUGGCGUUGAGCGCGAAACAAUUGUCAAAAUGGAAUAAUGCCAGCCGAUUCUGAACAGACACGCAUUGUCAUGACCAAAGAUAUUGUUGUUACACACAUAAAUCUCACAGCUCCAAAGAAAUUUAAAUCCAUUUUUAGCCUAGGCAUUCGAAUUGCGUUUAUCAAAAGUUCUCAAAGAACUUGCAACAGCAGCAACACGCACACACACACACACACACACACACACACACACACACACUCGUUUUGUAUAUACAUUUAAGCAAAUUUAUGUGACAUUUCCAUAAGCUAUAGAAAGGCCCUCACUACUCGAGUUUUGUUA